UCUCGCGGGUCCGAAAUUUACCAAAGCCACCGCCCUCCUCUGCCUUUCUCGGCGAGAGACCUGAAAUCGAAAGCCAUCGAUCGAGCGCCAUGGGAACGCGACCCGGAUACGCGAACCUUUUGCUGUUGAUCGGCCUCGUCCUCACCUCCUCUUUGGCGCCGGUAUCGUCCCUGUCGGUGACGGUCAACGACGUCGAGUGCGUGUACGAGUACGUGCUCUACGAGGGCGACACCGUGUCCGGGAACUUCGUGGUCGUCGAUCACGACAUCUUCUGGAGCUCCGAUCACCCCGGGAUCGAUUUGACCGUCACUUCUCCGGCAGGUAAUGUCGUACAGACUUUGAAAGGAACAUCUGGGGAUAAGUUCGAAUUCAAGGCGCCACGAAGUGGAAUGUACAAAUUCUGUUUUCACAAUCCCUAUUCAACACCAGAGACCGUCUCCUUCUACAUACAUGCUGGACAUAUCCCAAACGAGCAUGAUCUAGCAAAAGAUGAGCACUUGGACCCAAUAAAUGUUAAAAUUGCUGAGUUGAGAGAGGCAUUGGAAUCUGUCACAGCAGAGCAGAAGUACCUGAAAGCUCGGGAUUCUCGUCAUCGUCAUACAAAUGAGAGCACGAGGAAACGUGUUAUAUACUACACUGUUGCCGAAUACCUCUUGCUGGCUUGCGUAAGCACACUUCAAGUUGUAUACAUCCGCCAGCUCUUCAGCAAAUCAGUGGGAUACAACCGAGUCUGAGUUGCCUGUAACGAUUUUAUUCAUUUUCAACCCACAGUCAAUCGUAGAUGAGUUUAGAGAGAUGUAGUAGAAGAAAAGAUGUGCCCCUUCAUCUGAACCACUGCUUUUUGGCUUAAACAUAUAAUAGUCCAUGAGUUAGACAGUGACUUGUGGCAAUCUUUGGUUUCUAACUUCAUUAUGAGCUGUGAAUUUGCGCGAUGAAGCCCUUG